UUACUUCACUUUUUUUCUGAUGUACUGUACGUACGUACGUACAUGUACGUAUCAUUUUUUCCCGCCUUGCCAAUUUCGUGCUCAGAAGGCAGAGUCGUGUGGAACUGUAGUCUCCCAGCUUUGCUACAGACCCCAAAUAUGGUAAGGAGCAACCAGAAGGGUAAAAGCACCAAGAGGUCUGAGGACUCCCACAAGUCCCUCAAGGAGGUAGAGAGCGACCCGAUGCAGGACCAGGAGGAGGAAGAGGAGGAAGACGAGGAGGAGUACCAGGUGGAGAAGGUGCUGGGCAAAAGGAUCAAGGGGGGACAGGUGGAAUACCUCCUGAAGUGGAAGGGCUACCCAGAUGACCAGAACACAUGGGAGCCAGAGACGAACCUGGACUGUCCCGAGCUGAUACAGAUAUAUGAGGAUUCGGUGAAGCAGUCACAGAGCAAACGGAAAUCCACAGUAAACGGCGGGGAUGGCGACUCUGCCAAGAGAAAGUCCAAGAAAGUCGCAGAGGUGUCAGCCAAAUCAAAUGACAUCAGCAGCAAGACCAUUGAGGGCACGUCAUCAGGUUCCACGGAACCUGAGGGAUUUGACAGAAAAUUGGAACCGGAGAAGAUCCUGGGAGCCACGGAGAAAGAUGGAGAACUCAUCUUCUUAAUGAAAUGGAAAGGCAGUGAUCGAGCAGACUUGGUCCGAGCCAAAGAAGCCAAUGUGAAAUGUCCACAGGUGGUCAUCUCCUUCUAUGAGGAAAGACUGACCUGGCAUACGGAAUCCAAAGAUGAUGAGGUCAAUGGCCCCGAACAAGUCCGCAAGACAUUGUGAGUCCUGUCCUGCCCUGCCCCUCCCUGCUCUAGUCCAUCCUGCCCUGCCCCUGUUGUUGCUGUGGGACACAGGUUUCUGAGGGCAUCUUCAUCUGUUUUCUCAAAUUUCUCCCCAGUGUUGAGUUAUUUUGUUCCCCACUGGAAACAAGGCUCUAAUAGCGAUGAAAACUUGGUGCACAGAGAUGCAGAAGAUGUUUUUCAUCGACAAGUUUUUCACUGAACGGGUGAGGUGUGUAUGGUGAAGAUGAGCACACUUCCAACUGGUGGAGAGUUUGAAUGACAGGCUCUGCAAAAUGGGACACUUGGGAUGAAACUAUCACAAAUCUGGCAAGUCUGUCUCUGAUAUGGUGUUAAAGUGGAGUUUCUGUGUACCACACUGAGUCUACUAGACUGUAUUGCCCACUCCAUUUCUAAGCAGUGACUCCUUUACAAUGUGAAAUGCUGAAAUCUUAACAAUCAGCCCUUGAAAAGUUAAAUUGUACAUUUGUAGAUGGAAAGAGGCGAUGAUUUGAACAGAAAAAAGUAUUGAUUAAUACAUGUACAUCAGACAAAACCACAUGGAUAUUACGUUUUUAUGUCAUUUAUAAACUAUUUUUUGACCUGUUGUGUUUGGAUUUUUAAAAACAAAUUGAAGAGUAUACUAUGCUUUGUUCACUUGUGCUUGUGCUUGUGCAUGUAGUUUUUGUUGGUAUGUAUAAUGUAGUAUUUGAGUAGUCUAUGCUGACUGAGGAUCUCCUGUCACAUUUACCCAAUAUCUCAACCUGACUUGAGAGUGUACAAAAACGAUUUAGAUUGGCAGUAGAGUUUGUAAAUAUACUGUACAUAAACAUGUUAGGACUUCUUGUCAUUGACGGCCUAUUCCCCAUACUCUGUUGGUAUGUUUUCCCCAUUGACAUCCCGCUUUGAAUCCUGCUCCAACCUUCCAGCCCUUUCCACCACCUGCUAAGACCUGUCCUCUCCCCCUUCCCCCUACCUUGCUCAAAAUCCCUCCCCGCACUUUGUCAUUAACCUUGUGUUCGUGUUUCUGACCAACUGGCGGUUUAUUUAAAAAAGAAUCACACUGAUGGCAGGUGAUGGGUCCAAUGAUUUGUGAGAGUUUUACAAGGAAAUUUUCUCUUCUCUAGGUCAAAUGGUUGGUAUUAAAGAGCACCUCUACGUAAAACAUGAUUGUUCGAAUAAAUAUGGAAGCAUCCAAAUGGAAUGCAGUGUCAUUUGUCUUCAGAACUCACCUAAAACGAGCUUAAAAGGGCUUUUUUUCUGUUCAUGCCAAGAUGAGAAUUCUAGAGGUAGAUAGCAUCGUUGAGGAAAAACAGAAAACAAUGGCUACAUGCAUUGUUUGGCAUGCACAAGGGUUUAUCCACUUCAAACACUGGGCGAGGGUUCCCCUCAUUUUACCUUAAGGUGCUCUUUAAGACGAACAUGUGGUGCCAAGAUAUUAAAAUGAUCAUGAAGCAUUUCAAGUGCGUGUGUGUGUGUGUGAGUGAGUGAGUGCGUGGGACCUCUGGCAAGCAGUGGUAACAAUGGAAAUCUGUUUUUCAAGGUUGUCAGAAAAUGUAAUGACAUGCACAUAUGGAGCCUCUGCAUUUGCAAGACGUCAUACACUCGUGAUAGUGAAUUCGUUAGUCACUCGUUGAAGUUUAUCUCCUCCCAGGUAAAUCGCUUUCUCUAGCAAGUCUGUUAUGGAACAUAUCUUUGAAUAGUAUAUAGUUGGCAUACUCGAUUACUUGCCCUGCUCUCACUCGUGCAAGAAUAACUUUAUUUGAUUUGAUACGACAUCUCGGCCUUAUUCGGGCUUGGCCCAAGUGACUUACCUGCUGAAGGGGAAGUGUCUAACAAUAUACCGGUUGUGCACAACAUGGCAGCUUUGUAGGAAAGUUGUCAUCAUUGUGAGGAAUUGAGAACAGUUGAACGUCUUUUCAUAUUGGCUCAAGUUAACUAAGUUUUGUGAAAGAAAAUCUGUGUUUUGGAUGUCUUUUGCUUUCAACCAUUCAGAUUCAGUUUUUGAAAUGGUGACGAAUGUACGUGCAUACCUUGUCAGGCACUGCAAGGAAUCCGAAAUCAUUCGUGUAUUACCGCAUGUUAUGCAUGUCUACCUAAACGGAUGAUGAUGUCACAGAUUGAGUGCGAGGGAAGUAAGUGAAUGUGCUGGCUGUUGACAGUCUUUUAAUUAGAAGCAGGGUAACACUCGAAGAGAGUUGUCCAAUGUGUUCAAAAAUUCUGCUCCCGUUUUUACUGCACUGUAUAAACUAAUUAUUAUAAUCGAUAUGUUUGUCCAGUUUUGGUUUGCCAGUUAGAAUUAUUAGAUGCUAGGCAUUUUGCAUGCAGUUAGUUAAAUGUGAUCUUGCAAUUCAUUUCACGUACAUGUAAUAUUGACUCUCACUGCAUUUGUACACUAACAGUAGACAUUCAAUAUAUGUACAUACAACAUCCGAAUAAUGAAUUCUGUCUAUCUUUUGUCUCUGUUCUUGAAUAUUCUUUUUGAACAGCGGUAAAAUGUCCAUCACAAAAUCUCGUUGUGAAUGCAGUCAAAGAAAUUCCAGUGCUAAUGUGAUCUCAGUUUUAGGAGGGUUCAGCCUGUAUGCACUUUUGCAACAUGCACAGGUGUACAUGUGUACAUGUUUGUAUAGAAGUAGCAACUAUGUGAGUGUUCGUACAACUGGUUCAUGGUUGUCCUUCCAUGCACUUGUGGAGACACAACUUCAGCUGUGUCUCAUGCCCAAGACCUUGGACCUGGUACAGAAAAAAAAAAGUUCCUGUUCACGUUUGUGUAAAGUUUCACAGCUGGAUUGCCUACUUGUCCACAAAUAGGUUUCCAGGUGUUAAUCUCAGUGUUUCUGACAUGUUUAAGGGAUUUUCGAUGUCAGGCUGGGCUUUGCUGGUGGGUUGUGGGCCCUUUUGUUGGUGGAAUGGUCUCUCAAGUGAGCCCGAUGAUCUUGUCCAUGUAUGCUUGAUGUCAACGCAUGAAAUUGAAGAUUAUCAUUCCCCAAUAGGACAGAGUUUAAGAGCUUCUCAUGUGCUAUGCCAACACAUUUAUCCUGUUUCACAUGAUUAAUUUUGGCAGUUUUCACAUUUUUCUGGUACAGACAGUCAGUGCAUCAAUUUCUUGUAUUUGAAAUUUAUGAAUCUCCCCCGAUAAAAAAAUUGCUUGUACUUGGAAGGAAAAAAAAAGCUCUCUUGAAAAGAGGAAGAGGACUGUAAAGUGCAUGAGAAUAAUUAGAAGAAAGGACUAAUUUCAAAAUGGACGUUUUUCAUGCAAGACAAGACCCCGCACCCUAAAAUGUGAUGUUUUGGUUUUGUAAAUCUGAGUGGCUUGUACAUGUACCUUGUUUGAUGAAAAGAGCUGCAUUAUUUUAAACUAACAGAGCUGUGUAUUAUUGGUUACCGAGAUUGCGUGAACUUUGCCCAGUGUAUUUAGUUGUACAUGUACAUGUCCUGUGUAUCUCUGAUUGUUUUUGUCCUUUUGACAUCGUUAUUAGCCACAGGGGAAUUACAUGCAUGCGCUUGGAGUUCUUAAUUCAGCAUUCUUUGUGAGUUUCUGGCAUUCAAGUCAAUAUUGUCCUUUGGAGUAGUAAUGACCAAAUCUACAUUUUGGUAACAAGUGUACUUUUUACAUGUAAAUGUUAGUCAGAAAUAUACAUGUAUGUUCACUUGCUACAACAGCAUCACAUGGAUGGUAGUAGUCUUUGCUCAAGAUGUGUUUUGGAAUGCACAGAGCACCACUGAGAGGCAAUGAACUGACAAGGGAAACCUAACUUCAAAACCAUGACAGUGACAUCUUGAACCAAGGCUUAUUACACCAUUAACUCAUGAUCACGUUUGUCCAUGUUAUAAUGCAACACUAAAAGUUUUUGGAGAGAGGCAAAGAAUUUUCAAAGACUUCAUACUUUUGUUGUCCAGUGUCAUUUACUUUUAUGUUGGUAUCUGAUGUACGUGUAAACGGAACUUAUAACUGUUGUCAGAAUUCUAAAUGUAGUAUUUCAUGACUUAGAAAAAAGAUUGUUAAACGGAGGAAUGUGAAUUUUUACCCAUUGCCAAAAUCGGCACUAUUUUAGUUACAAUAAAAGCAUUUUUGUAUGUGAAUUUG